CAGGUUCUGGGAAAGCCGGCCUGUCCGCCUUCUUCCUCCUCCGGCCGCAGUCGCCUAGGGUUUUGCGGCUCGUGGUCGUACUCGUAGCCAUGGACGCGACGGCGACAUCGACACAGGAGCAGCCGAAGCAGGAGGAAGGAGGCGGUGGAGACGGAAGCUACGGCGUGCUCCUGUACUACAAGUACGCCGAGGUCCCCGACGCCCCCGCGCUCGCGGCCUUCUACGAGUCCCGCUGCCGCGCUCUCGCGCUCGUCGGCCGCGUCCGCGUCGGCCCCGACGGCGUCAAUGCGACGCUCGGGGGAAGAAUGGCGGCGCUGGAAAAGCACAUCAAGGAAAUGAGCUCGAACAGCCUGUUCGACGGGGCCGACUUCAAGCUGGCCUCCUGCGAGGACCCUGUGGACGACAGGGUCGCCAGGGAGUGCGGCUUCACGUCGCUCUCCGUUCGGCUCGUCAAGGAGCUGGUCACGCUUUGUUCCAACCCGUCAUUGACAACCCCCGAUAUCAAAUUCGCGGGGAGGCAUUUGUCAGCGGCUGAGUUCCACUCGGUGCUUCAGAGUGUGGCAGGAACCUGUUUGGAUACUGAGGCGCCUGCGGGGCAGAAUGAUGUGGUUGUUUUGGAUGCAAGGAAUCUGUAUGAGACCCGGAUCGGCAAGUUUCAUGUACCAAAUGUGGAGACGCUGCAUCCUGAAAUCAGACAAUACAGUGACUUGCCAUUGUGGAUAGAUGAGCAUACUGAGAAGCUACGUGGUAAAUCAAUUAUGAUGUACUGCACAGGAGGUAUACGCUGUGAGAUGGCCUCAGCUUAUAUCCGCUCCAAAGGUGAAGGCUUCGAGAAUGUUUUUCAGUUAUACGGUGGCAUUCAGAGAUAUUUGGAGCAAUAUCCAGAUGGUGGCUAUUUUGAUGGAAAGAAUUUUGUAUUUGACCAUAGAAUCUCUGUGGGAAGAAUUAAAGAUAACAUACUUGGAACUUGUUUGAUAUGCGGAUCUACCUAUGAUGACUAUUCCUCUCGGUGUCGUUGCAGCCAUUGCAGAAUGUUGGUCUUAGUGUGCUCCACAUGUCAGGAUUCUACUAAGGAGUAUGUAUGUGAACUAUGUUUAAAGAAUGGAAAACAGUGCUGUGAAAUAUCUGUAAAGCAAGACUGCCAAACAAAGUCAGAGCUAUCUGAACCUUCUGACAUUGGAAAGCUAUCCAUAAGCAAUAAAAUUUCAUCCUUCAAAGCUCCCGGAAGUAAUGGUAGUGAGCAGCUGAAGAAAUUGAGGAUUCUCUGCUUACACGGUUUCCGUCAGAACUCUUCAAACUUUAAGGGAAGAACAUCAUCACUUGCGAAGAAGCUGAAGCACAUCGCGGAGCUUGUCUUUAUAGACGCUCCUCAUGAGCUUUCAUUUGUAUACCAACCACAUCCAGAUGUCUACUCCGACAAACCCUCACCUCCAUCUGCCACAGCGAAAACAAAAUUUGCAUGGCUAGUUUCUCCGAAAAUGAGCUGCCACAGCAUGCAAGAUUGGAAGGUUGCAGAUGCACCGUUUGACCCCCUUCAGUAUCAGGAACAAACAGACGGGUUCAAGGAAUCAUAUGCAUACCUUGAUAGUAUAAUUGCUCAGGACGGCAACUUUGAUGGCGUUCUCGGUUUCUCCCAGGGUGCGGCAAUGGCUGCCUUACUGUGCAGGCAGCAGCAAAAGACCUGCGGCUCUCCAAAGUUCAGGUUUGGGAUAUUCUGUUCUGGAUAUCCAGCACCUGUUGGUGAUUUCGACAGCGAGCCAAUCAGGCUUCCCUCGCUUCAUUGCUUCGGUGGUGGUGAAGGUCAUGACAGGCAGAUCGCAAGCAGGGCAAGCACUGAACUUGCUGGUAUGUUUGAGGAAGGCCGGUGCACCAUCGUUGAGCAUGACAUGGGGCAUAUCAUUCCUACACGGCCACCUUACAUCGAUCAAAUGAAAGAAUUUCUAUGCAAUUUCAUAUGACAAUUUUGGAAAAUAGGCGACCUGCUUUGUUGUAACUCUGGACCUGCUUUGUUGUACUUUUUUCUUUUUGUGUACGAGAUGCUCUUCGGAUGGGGCAAAAUAGUUAUUGUCCUGCGUACAACACUGUAAAACUAUGUCUUAGUAUUUGUCCAUUAAUGUGCUUUAA